UAAGCUAAAAAGCCAGCAACAAAACAAAUAAACGGGGGAAGGAAAGAAGAGGCGGCUUAAACAGAAUGACGACCCAGCGAUCGGUGUUUGACGCGGCGGAGCUAAGGGCCCAAUUUACCGAUGCCGGAAUCAACACUAAAUUCAUUGCUUCCAUUUGGAAGUACGUGUUACAAAACCCUGGGUGCGAGUUUGAGGAAAUUCCUGAUUUGCCCUCCUCUGCUUACCUCCUUCUUCGCUCCAAGUUCAAGCCCCUCACUUCCACCGUUAACUCCGUUUUCCACUCCACCGACGGCGUCACCACCAAGCUACUUAUCAGACUCCAGAACGGAGCUUUUGUAGAGGCAGUGAUUAUGACAUAUGAUACCCGUUUAGGUAAAUAUGGAGGGAAACCUCGUCUUGGCGGUCCUAGGUCAACAUUGUGCAUUUCUUCCCAGGUUGGAUGCAAAAUGGGUUGCAAAUUUUGUGCAACUGGAACUAUGGGAUUUAAGAACAAUUUAAAAUCGGGUGAAAUCGUGGAGCAAUUGGUUCAUGCUUUGCGCUUGACUAACAUACGUAAUGUUGUUUUCAUGGGAAUGGGAGAACCAUUGAAUAACUAUACUGCCUUGGUAGAGGCUAUUAAUGUCAUGACAGGAUCGCCAUUUCAGCUUUCACCAAAGAGAAUCACAGUAUCAACGGUUGGGAUUAUUCAUGCUAUCAACAAGCUUCAUAGUGAUCUACCGGGCUUGAACCUAGCAGUAUCAUUGCACGCGCCAGUCCAAGAGAUCCGUUGUCAAAUAAUGCCUUCAGCAAGAGCUUUUCCUUUGGAAAAACUAAUGACAGCACUGCAAACAUAUCAAAAGAACAGUCAGCAAAAAAUAUUCAUAGAGUACAUCAUGCUUGAUGGGAUGAAUGAUGAAGAGCAGCAUGCACAUCAGCUUGGUAAAUUGCUGGAAACUUUUGAAGUGGUUGUAAAUUUGAUACCAUUUAAUCCAAUUGGUAGCUCAAGUCAAUUCAGAACCAGCAGUGAGCAGAGAGUAUCAGAAUUCCAAAAAGUUCUUAGGGGUACUUAUAACAUCAGGACAACGAUUCGUAAGCAAAUGGGCCAGGAUAUAAGUGGUGCAUGUGGUCAGCUGGUCGUGAAUUUACCUGAUAAGAGAACUCGUGAAAAUACAGGUCUCGUAACCGACAUCGAAGAUCUCCGCAUUUGAUGUUCCGUUUCCCUUUAAGUCAGGCAUUGAUCUUAGAUUCUGUCCCUCAAGAUUUCACUGCAUCUACAUUUAAUUUGCGGUGAAUUAUGGUCUGAAAGGCGAGUUUAUCGAUCGUUCAUGCCGUGACUUUGGGGUAACCAUAUCCGGAUGGAGCUACUGCAAGGAGGGGGUUAAUUAUCGUGGCGAUAUCAAAGGUUUAAAUACAUAUCAAUUAGCAUGUCGUAUGUUAAAGUGUGGAAGUUUAGAUGUGAAACAAUUCUCUCUCUAUAUUUGUGUUGCUUUUUAAAAGAAGGUAGUGAAUUUUACUUC